UGCUGCCGGGCUGAGCCGGAAGUGGUGGCAGAGCUAGCCCGGGGUGCCCGACUUGGGGUGCGAGAGUGCCAGUUCCAGUUCCGCUUCCGCCGCUGGAACUGCUCCAGUCACAGCAAGGCCUUUGGGCGCAUCCUGCAGCAAGAUAUUCGGGAGACUGCCUUCGUGUUUGCUAUUACGGCGGCGGGGGUCACGCAGGCCUGCUCCAUGGGCGAGCUGUUGCAGUGCGGUUGCCAGGCGCCCCGCGGCCUCUCCCCGCACUCCGGCUUGCAGGGUACUCCCCGGCCUCCUGGCCCCGCGGGGUCCCCAGACAGCAGUGCCGCCUGGGAAUGGGGAGGCUGUGGUGACGACGUGGACUUCGGGGACGAGAAGUCGAGGCUCUUUAUGGAUGCGCAGCACAAGCGGGGGCGCGGAGACAUCCGCGCGCUGGUGCAACUGCACAACAACGAGGCGGGCCGGCUGGCGGUGAGGAGAUACAUGCGCACCGAGUGCAAGUGCCACGGACUGUCGGGCUCUUGCGCCCUACGCACCUGCUGGCAGAAGCUACCCCCGUUCCGCGAGGUGGGCGCGCGGCUCCUGGAGCGCUUCCACGGCGCCUCACGCGUCAUGGGCACCAAUGACGGCAAGGCCCUGCUGCCCGCGGUCCGCACGCUCAAGCCGCCCGGCCGCGCCGACCUCCUCUACGCCGCCGACUCGCCCGAUUUCUGCGCCCCGAACCGGCGCACAGGCUCUCCGGGCACGCGCGGCCGCGCCUGCAACAGCAGUGCCCCGGACCUCAGCGGCUGCGACCUGUUGUGCUGCGGACGGGGCCCCCGCCAGGAGAGCGUGCAGCUCGAGGAGAACUGCCUGUGCCGCUUCCACUGGUGCUGCGUGGUGCAAUGUCACCGCUGCCGCGUGCGCAAGGAGCUCAGCCUCUGCCUCUGACCCUCCCGGCGGUCCUAACUGCGCAGAGCUGCUUCUCGGGACCUGUGGCACCUCUGCGAUCCAGCAGGGGGCGCUGUCCGGCCCAGCCUGUCCCUGUGACAGUCCAUCUCCCAAACUUCUGGAAUCUGUGAAGUGGGGGUCUGGAGGUAUACGCCUAGUCACAAAAGCCCAAGGCGCCCGAAGGCCCUGAAAGGCUCUCUGGGAGUUUCCAGGGAGACUAUACAGAACUUCCCUCCCCUGGACUCCAGGUAGAAACCAAAAAACCAAUGUCUGGGCCUCUGGAUGUGGGGCUCCUGGGAACUGCAGGUCCUGGGAUAGGUGGUGAGUUUCGUAUCAAUAAAGAUAUUUAAACCAACA